ACCUAAACCCUCUAGGGAAAACUCUCUCUAGGAAUUCCACUAACCAUUGCAAUUACACUAAAUGUUCAUUUGGUUUAAUUUUUUCUAAACUCAUACAUUUCAUAACAAAAAAGCCAAAUAAUAUCAUUUUUUGGUUAAUUGGCCGUAUGGCCUGUGUUUAGACUGGCAGCUUAGCCAGUAGACCAGGUCGCUCCGCCGCCGGCCGGUGGUGGUCCGGCGACGGUUACGUCGCCGGAGAAGAACAAAAUGGAGCAGCGUGCUCGUCUUGAGGAGAAGUCUCCGAAUCCAGAGGUGGAUCAUCAAUCGGAGAAGGCUACAGAGCAGAUCGGAGGUGUGAAAGUUAGGUCAAAAGUGACCUCUGGAAUUUUUGUCAAUGAGGUACGAUCUGUGCUAGCUGAGAACCAAUUGAAGGAUGAAAGCUCUGCGGAAUCGACUAAAUUGAAGCAGAAGCGUGAUUCUGGAAGAGAAUUUAGUAUCUCUUUGACACAAUCGAAUGAUUCGACUGAAUCGAAGAAGGGGAAAAUCCUGCUGCGGGUGGGCGAAUAUGAGAUCUUCUUUGACAUUGAUGAAUUGGAAGAAAUCAUGGAGAAGGCUGCGGAUAACAAAGAUUUGAUGGAAGACCUCCUCGCUGAUCGAUUUCUUGAGGAAGCUGAGAAGGUAUGCCAAAUGAAAAUCACCGGAAGCUGCAAUCUGGAGAGAAAGGUUAUGGAGAAACUAAAAACCAAGUACAAAGGGCUUCUAAUUGCGGAUAUUGCGAGCAAAGAGCCUUUGGAGAAUGAAGCAAAAACCCCUGCCAAUAUCUCUGAGGCAGAGAGUGGGGAGAAGGAUGUCUCCGAUUGCUUGAGGGAGACAAAAUCCGAAGCUCCUCAGAUGAAUAAAGAAUCGAAAGAGGAAACUAAUCCGCCUGGGAAUCUGAAAGGGGAUGUCUAUGCCCCUCAAUUGAAUAAAGAAGCGGAGGUUUCUGUGGAGAGGCCUGAGAUAAGGUCUCAGGUGGUGGAGGGAGCUACAGACAAGUCAGAAGCAAUGGACAAAAAGAAUGCUCAGUCAGAGUUUGCUUACACUGCAGAGGUAAACUGCAAAUCUGAUGUGUAUAGUUUUGGAGUGGUAACACUUGAAGUGAUUAUGGGGAAACAUCCUGGAGACCUCAUUACAUUCCUUUCUUCAUCCUCGUUUUCAGCAAUUGAUGGCAUGCUUUUUAAGGAUUUGUUAGAUCCUCGACUACCUACUCCAAAAAGGAAUGUCACACAACAACUCAUGUUGGUUGCAAAGAUAGCAAUAUCUUGUAUGAAUUCCAAUCCACAAUAUCGGCCAACUAUGCAACAAGUUUCUAUGUUGCUAUCCAAGGAAAAGGAUUUUCCCAAAUUUUCCCCUGAUAUCACCUUAAGCCAGUUGUUUGGUCUUGAAUUUCCAAAUCCUUAAAUUUUUAUAGUAUUCAAGUUUGGAACAAUGUAUGUGGUUUUAACAUGAGGAUGCAUAAGGAAGUAGGCAAUCUUGGAACCAGUACGUAGAUCGAUCAGAAACAAAUGAUUGACAAUGGACAUCGCUAAGAUGGAUGCAAGAGACGCAUCAAUCACUGCACUGCUGUUUUCAAGUUUUUCUGUUGCUUCUAUAUCAAGGAAAGAUAUCACAAAUUAGCUUACACUGCGGAGGUAAACUGCAAAUGUGAUGUAGUAUAUAGCUUCAAAUCGGAGUUGUAACACUAGAAGUGAUUAUGGGGAAACAUCUGGGUGACCUUGUUACAUGCAUUUCUUCAUCCUCAUUCUCAGCAACCAAUGGAAUUCUUUUGAAGGAUAUGUUGGACCCUCGACUCUCCACUACACAAAGACACGAAGCGAAACAACUUGUAUUGGUUGCAGAGAUAGCAGUCUCUUGUAUGAAUUCCAAUCCUCAAUGUCACCAAACUAUGCAACAAGUUAGUGUGAUGCUAUCCAAGGAAAGGGAUUUCCCCAAUUUUUUCCCUGAGAUCACUUUAAGCCAGUUGUUUGGUCCUGAAUUUUGGAAUCCAUAAAUUUUUGCACUAUUCAAGGUUGAGAGCUCAAACAUUGGCUGAUAUGGCACAAGAAAUUGUGAAAAUAAAUAGAGUCCUUGUGGUAGUGGCAAACAAAAACUACUCUGUUCCGGAUCAGGAUUUGGGUUCAAGUCUUCAUUCCUACUCUUCUUAAUUUACGUACACACACACAAUUAAAGAUUUUUGUACUGCUAUCUUAACUUGUUGGCUUGUAUAAGAUGGAGUUGCGCUAGCUAACUAGCUUCCAGAUAAAGCUUAUCUUUAUAGUAGUUGACAACGAUUGAAGAUGCUGACUAUGAAGGACAAGAAUGAAUUUUGGAAGAAGGAAGUAGGCAAUGUGGAAGCUCUUAACUUGUUGUGAACAAAUUGUUAUGAAGUGCAAUUAAUCAAGGUGACAAUGUACAACUUUAAGAUGGGUGCAAGAGAUGCAUCCUUCACUGCUCCUUUGAAGCUUGCCUGGCUGGUACCACAUGGGAAACAAACGGCUCUCUCACCGUUUCACAUAGCAACAAGAAUCAUCCUCACUUGGAUAUAAUUACUUCUGAAGCACAUACUAGUUAAAUGGCGGUUGUCAUUGCAGAAUGCGGUAAUCCGUCUCUGUAGUCUCUUCUCCUUUACCCUGCAACAAAAUUCUGAAUUCUCAGUUUUUGUUCUUGUUCUGCAUGCAAAGUUUUGAUUAAUAAGAAUUAAAUAUUUACCAAAUUUUGUGGGAAGUCAGCCUCAUGAUCAUCAUCUUCGUCUGCAUCUUCAUCACCGAAGUUUUGGUUUAUCAAAUCUUCCCUGGAUCGGAGUACAUUUUCAUGCCAGUUAAGGUGCUCCCGGCAUACCCUGAAGGAACAACAUAUUGAUAUAGAGCAUUCAUAUUCAUAAGCUUAAUGGAGCAAUGAAGAACGUGAUACAAGUUAGGCUCCAUUUCUGCCUCUUUUGAGGAUUUUGGAACAAAUAAAUGGUUCCCCCGGUGUUCUCUAUCCUGUAUUUCUUGAUUUCAAUCUGAGUUUUAAAUUUGCUCAUCUCAUCUUUGCAUGUCUAUAACAUUUUUGCUUUUUCAGAUUGACAAUGGACAUCUCUAAUAUAAGAUGGAUGCAGGAGGACUGGAGAUGCAUCAUUCACUGCACUGUACUACUCUGUUUUCAAGUACGCUUCUAAUGAAUUGUUAGGACAAAUGAUGAUUUCUACUUGGUGGAAUAAAAACUACUCUGUUUUGGAUCAGGUAUAAGAUGAAGUCGUGCUAGCAUCCGGAUAAAACUUUUCUUUACUUGACAGCAAUUGAAGAUGCUGACUAUGAAGGACGAGAAUGAAUUUUGGAAGAAGGAAGUAGGCAAUGUGGAACCUCUUAGCUUGUUGUCAACAAAUUAUUAUGAACUGCAAUUAAUCAAGGUGACAAUGUACAACUGUAAGAUGGGUGCAAGAGAUGCAUCCUUAGCUUCACUGCUCCUUUGAACAAUGAUCAAGGAUUACACAGUAUUUGCUGGUGCAAUUUGCAGUCAUUCAUAAUCUUCUUCUUUUUUUGAAAUUUGUAAUUAAGGAAUAUGCAAAUGUGUUUGUAAACAUUCAACUGUAGAUUGAUUCAAGAAAUGGAAAAAGCUAAGGGUGCUCCCACUUUAUAUAUUUUCGUGUUGAGCC